AUGGGUGCCAGACCUCCAUUUCUCUACGAUCCCAUUAGGGAAAAGGCAUUCGACCCUAAGGCCGUCACUCGCGCGAGCCGUACUCCCAAAGCCCCACGUCCAAAGCAAGAUGGACCUCUGGUCUCGUUCAACCAGCACCCAGAUUCGUUUCUGAUCCUUCCCUAUGGAAACAUUAAUGCGUCCCCUAUGAAGAGAUCCAUUAAGAAAUGGAUCAAAUGGACGAGGGUAUUGCAGCUGGCCCUGCGAUGCUUUGAACUACUAUCUGCAGGCGGACUACUGGCCAUGAUGAUUAUGGUCAGAGGAGUUGAGGAUUCUGUUGGUUGGGCUCUGCGGAUUGUGCCUGGUAUCGCAAUCCUCCACACUAUAUACGGCAUAUACCACUUAUCUCGAAAGGCAUCGGGACGGACUCCCGCAUCUUCAAUGUCAUAUAUGUUAUUUGCAGCAUUUUUCGACGCAUCCAUAUUACCAUUUUAUGCAUUUGGCGCCCUUGCGGCGAGCACCCGCCAAUCCUCCUGGAAGAUCAUAUUGGACGAUCAAUCUUUGACGCCCACCUUCGCCAAGGUGGUAUUCUACUGCUCAACUGUUGGAGCGGGUUUGCAUCUGAUAUCUCUGAUAAUUUCAAUAUAUCUUGCAGUCACCUUCCGCAGAAUCACCAGUCUACCGCCCGAUAUGAACCCGUUGGAAGACAAUCUAACAUCCCGCCACAAGCGCAACAAGUCAUCAAUGUCAACGGUGACCACCAUGUCUGAAAAGCGAUUGUCUACACCACUAGAAAGCAAACGAAGCUCGGGAGCAACAUAUGAGGAUUUGUCACGGCCGCCCUCCAUGCCGUUCUUUCACACACGUACUCAGUCCACCAAUUCUUCCUCGACCUACAAAUCAACACCCCCACCAUCUCGAGACUCCCGCAACGAUCUCCCUAGUCGACAAUACCAAGCAGUUUCCAACUCACCACGUUCCUCCGUAGUAGAUCUCAAACGAGCCUCCGGAUACGGUCCUCCCACGCCCCCAAAACGCGCCUCUUACCAGGAAAUUCCCCUUUCAGAAACGGGGUCGCAUCGCUCCUCACGCCCUGUGUCGGAUAUGGCUGGAGGAUGGUACACCUCUGACUCGCUCAGUAAGCCCCGUACACGGAGCUCGUCCCCACGAAAAGGAAACUACCAGCCACUCCACCAACAAUACGGCUCCGAAGACUUGGGGGUUGGUCUUCCCAACCCAUUGGAAGCUAACCCACCGACUCCGCGCCACAGCUACAAUAUAAAUCGCGACUCUCCCCUCACGGAGAUCAGCAAGAACCGUGGUAGUGGAGAUAUUGCAGACAUGUCUUCUGAGCGCGAGGUAUCGCUAGAGCCACUUCGGGAGUCUGGCUUCAAGUCGAGAUAUUACGGGGAUUUGAAACCCGCAACUCCACCUGUUAUAGUAAGCGGGAAUACUAGACAAGCAUCUUCUGGGAAUGACUUCUUGAGUAAGAAAUCUGGGUUUCGGGCUAGGGAUGCCAGUGGAAAGAUUGCGGAAGAAGGUCUUGGUGGGAGUGCGAAUGGAUGGGGGACCAGGUUUAGGAAAGUGAGCGGGAUUUAA